CCAAGAAGCGCGCGCCGAGAGUGGUAUCGCCGAAAGCGAUCGUCCGAGAAUACGACCCAUCACUUGAUUCACCGUGACGUGAAGCGAUGUCGGUGCCGUGGUUUUGCACUACGCAAACAGACGUCAGGUAUGCGCUCCAGCCUUGGAUUGGUGGUGAAGAUGCUCCGACAACGCGAUUAUUGGCACGGGUUCAAGGCUGAACGCCGCACCCACCGACUGCGCCUGCUGGUGGCAUGUGUGGCUGUUCUUCGGUGGAUUUGACGUACGGCGGUCGGUUAACGCUGGGCGCUAAAGAUGGCGACCUCCUGCCGGUUGCGCUUUGCAGCCAGAUUCGUGGGCCACAGAAGUUCGUUUGUGGCGUUCGUGAGAUGUGCGAGUGGUGGGCCUCAGAGUUCUCCGCAAACGGAAGAGGCCCUGAGGGAUCACAACACAAAUUUUGGGUAUGAAAAAGUUUCCGAGCACGAAAAGGCUGAGAAAGUUCGUGAAGUCUUCAGCCGAGUGGCAGAAAAGUACGACUUGAUGAACGAUGCCAUGAGUGCGGGAAUUCAUCGCCUUUGGAAGGACAGGUUGAUCUCGGUCCUAGGUCCGUUGCCGGGAAUGCAGCUCAUUGAUGUUGCGGGAGGAACCGGAGAUGUUUCAACAAGAUUCAUUCAAGCUGUGAGAUAUCAAGAGCUCCAAGCUAACGACAACUCAGAUGUGGAUCUCACUGGUGGCUCAUCAAGUCAGCGUGCACAUGCUUACGUUGUGGACAUCAACAGAGAAAUGCUGGAAGCUGGCAAACGACGGAAUGAUCUUCUUUAUCCUGAUAUAUCUUGGACUCAAGGGGAUGCUGAGCAGCUGCCAUUUGGUGAUGGCCACUUUGAUGCAUACACUAUCGCAUUUGGUAUUCGUAACGUCACUCAUAUUGACAGGGUGCUCAGUGAAGCGCAUCGUGUACUAAAGCCUGGAGGAAGAUUUCUUUGCUUAGAGUUCAGCCGGGUAGAAAAUCCACUGCUGCGUAGCAUCUACGACAAUUACUCCUUCCAAGUGAUACCAGUCAUGGGCCUAUUGUUGGCGCGGGACUGGAAGUCAUAUCAGUACCUAGUCGAGAGCAUUCGCAAGUUCCCAUGCCAGGAGCUGUUCAAGGAAAUGAUCCAGGCAGCAGGUUUCAGGGCAGUCACCUAUGAAAACCUAAUGAAUGGAGUUGCAGCCAUUCAUUCCGGCUUCAAGCUUUGACGGAGGCAAGACAGAUAAAUGCGACAGCCUCGCUUUGUUCACUGCACUCCCUUUGCAUCCAAAUUCUUAGAUUGUUAAAAAAAUAUUGUUCCUUGUUGGUGUGUACAUAGAUACUGUAAAUAUGGCAGCGUCCUGGUGAAUUAUAUAAAUGAACUUAUCUCCUCUUGCGUUGACAGUGAAUUGAAAGUGGAUUGCAAGUGCCUUAGAAAUUGGUACUGCCAGCGUUUUCAUUGGCAGUCUGUUCUUUAGCAUGCCCAAUUUUGGACACUAGCUUAUUGUCAUAUUUACUUUGCUUUUGUUGAGAAACUGUAGCAUGGUGUCUAGAAGAAUCUUAUGUAUUCUAAGAGCAAGUUUAUUAGUUCGUAAGCCUAGUUACAUGCUGUGCCAGGAAAAGACAACUAUUAGGUAGUUUUUAUAAUAGCAAUGUGUUUACACUUUUCCAUAAAGGAUGCUUAUUUUUAGACCAAGUUGCGAUUUUUGAAGGAUGUUUCUUGAGACAGAGUUGAAUGCAAAUAGUACAACUUUUAAAUACCCAUACAAACUGUGCAAAUUUCUCUUGUAAUUUUCUGAAAAUGAGCAGUUUGCCUUUGUGAAUGCUGUGAUAGAAGAGAAAUUGCGCAUAAGCUUUAUAAUCAAAGAGAAAUGGCUAUCCCAUACCCAAACCAGGUGUAAUAAGCACUGAAUACUGCUGAUUACGUCAUCACCAUAUGUGUCUUCUCUACCACCACUUAAGUCAUGCUGACUGGUCUGUUCCUAGGAGCCUUUUAUGGACUGUGGCUGUAAUGGCAGAUAGUCAAGACUGCAGCUGGCCUCUGCCUUGCUACAUUUGGCUAUUCACGACUAGGAAAUUUUGGCACACGUUUCAAGCUGCAGCUUGAGCAGCUUGCUUUUUUCUCCUCUCACUUCUCGGUGGGUUUUCCACUGGUACUACUGAAUCUCAUUGACAUCAUCUUGUCAUCACUCUAAUUCAAGUCAUUUGCAGGAGAAAAGGCCUCUCUCAAAGAUCUCCCUUUACCCCUGUCCUAUCUAUGUCAGCCAAAACAAUCCUAUAUUUGGAAUUUAAAAUAGCGCAAAAGACGGAACACCAGUAAAAGAGGACAUAGACAUUGACUCACAACGAGGUUUAUUUGUCACAAUCGCACCAUAUACAGUUAAACCUGCUUAUAAUGAACCUCCAUAUAACAAAUUCCUGGAUAUAACGAAGUUUUUCUAUUCCCCGCCGUUACUCCAUGGAAGCACAUGUAUUUGAGACCUCUAUGUAACAAAGUGGCGGCGGGAGAUCCCCUCAAAAUAACUAAUUUUGAGAUUUCACCCCAAAUUUUGUCAUUUUUGCGCGAGCAGCAACCGGAAGCACCUUCUCCGCCGCGACGGAAUGCGAAGCGGCGACGACGGCGAGGUGAGAGCAAGCGCAUAUGUGCGAGCGUGCGCGAGGUGGGCCUGCAUCCCUCGACUCGGCGAUCUUGCCGCCGCGGGCGUGACCUUUCCCCCUCCCUUCAUUCAAACCUGAUCCCGCCGCUUGCUGCAGCUGGCCUAGCCCGCCAAGCCGGCACUCUCCUUUUACUGUUGAUGUUGCCGAAGGAAAAAAAAAAGAUUUUAUUUUUCAACGCACUGGCAACGCCACUCUUUGGUUACUGCGCAAAUCUCUGCGCUUCACUUCACUAACCUGACACUAGCUGGCACUAUACGACGCUACAAUGCCAUUGUGUCGCUCGCUCUUCGUUUCCAACGCCUCGCACUUGUGCGAAAAGACAUGCCUCCACGCAUACAGUACCUGGCGUGACGUUCGAAGGAUUAGUGCUUCGAUGAAGAAACGCAAGAUAUUGACCCUGUCUGCAGUUCGCUUUGAAGAUAAGCCUGCGCGGGCUCACACUUUUUUCACAUCGCAGAUCGCUUUCAAGAUACGGCGGCCACCACCGAAGUAAACGCCUCCCUUUUUCGCUUCCCCGCCGUGCCUAGCGCGGAACAGUGCUUCCCCCCCCCCCCCCCCCCCCCCAGGCUGACCCCCGCAAGCUUUCACUCGCACACACAGCGUACGGCGCGCGGCAACGAUGUUGCCGUGUUUGGACUUUACAUGGAACCUCAAAGCUACGUCCACGGUGACAGCACAAAUGCGCUUGGCAAUAAAAUGUGCUUCUGCGCGGUUACUGCUCCGACGGCGACAGCAAAUUCGCACCCCCUACCAGCAGCUUCUCCGCAUUACCAGGAACUUAUGUCGAAGCCCAUGCUUUUCUGUGCGGAAAUCGACAACAGCUGUACGAGCAGGAAAUACGUCAUGGUGGCCAUGUUGUACGUUCACUAUCGCUGGCGACUGUCGUCUGGACGUUGCAACUCGAGAAUUGAACGUCUGCGCACAUGAGAUUUCUGCGCACUAUCCUUACUUCGUAUAGCGGUCUGCUAAUUUGCUGUCACAAUCGAUGGUUCGCCUUCGGGCGAAACUGGAACUGGGACUUUUUGUUCAUCGCAACUUUAGGGUAUUGGGAGUAAAUCUUGAGCGAUAGUACAUACGACAAGCGUUUCUUUUUCGAAUUUUCGUGCCGAACCUGCAUAUAACGAAAUCCUCUCUAUAACGAAGUUUUUCGGGAAUUUGUCAAUUUCGUUAUAUCCAGGGUUAACUGUAUACUUGUUGUGAGCCAGUGACGUGUCUGUGUCCUUUCACUGGUGUUCCAUCUCUUGCGCUGUUCUAAAUUCAAAUUAUGUCGUACCAACUACCAAGGAUCCACUUUAGCAAUCCUAUAUGCCUGCAAAGUUUCUCGCCUCAUCUUUUCGUGCAACUCCUGCCUCGAUUGUACCCUAAAUCGAGAAGCUAUAGAACUUGGAUUCCUGUCUUGACAUUCCGUUUUCUAGUAUUAGGACAUUGAAUGUGGUAAGAGAGUAGUAAGUAAUCGUUGCCCCAUAUGUCGUCUUCCUUGUCUUUUUAUGUGUCCUUCUGGGUGCUUUAUGAGCAGGAAUAGCUCCACUGAAUGCAUGCUGGCUUGGGAUGUCACGGCUUAGAAUGCUUGUCCCAGAAAUGCGAACUUAGGAACUUGCAUUCCUGGCUUGACUUGGAGUGGCCAAAUUUUAUUUUCGUUGCUUUAUUAAAGGGACACUAAAGUGAAAUAAAAAGUCAAGCGAAAGUGAUAGAGCAAUGCUCUAGAACGUCUAAGGCGUCAAUAUAAUCGCGAACAGAGCUUUAGUAAUCGAUAAAUUUAGGUAAAUGUAGGACAUGAUAAGAGACUCCCCAGGGACAUUCCGGUGCCUACCCGAUGACGAAGGCACUCCUAAAAAAAAUAUGUCACUAGUACUCAACCACUCGUAUUAAGAAGAUUGUUUCAUUGGAUUAUAAGACAGAAGAAAGUGCUACUUGUCUACUUCUAUUAGAUUCUUAGAAAAAAAUAUCUUUUUGGUGUUACACUUGAUAACGACGCGGGCGGUCAAAAGGUUUCGUUUUCGCUCAACUUUGCGCUGCGGUCGCUUUCGAGUUUCAGAAGUUUCGUUAUCGUGUAGUAUUGCGCUCAUGGGGGAAAAUCUUUUCUUUCCUCCAUGACUGCGCUGGUGUUGCUGGCUCGUUAAACUCGCACCUGAAUUUGCUAGCAGCUUGAGAGUCGCGACGGCACGUCCAGACGGUGACCAGCUUCGUCGUCCGACCUCACAUUGCAGGAGUCCUCGCUGCUUUCACGCUUGGACGAGCCGGUGUCGAGGCCGCCGUCGUAGUAGGCAACAACGCCGGCAGUGCGAGUUUCAGCAGCAUGUCACGCUCAUUGGAGCUUAAAUCACUAAAAUCGAGCCCAGCAUCGCAAGCCAAUGUGUCGUUGUCAAGGUCGUCAACUAGUUGAUCCAUUGCGACGAGCGUCGAUGAUCACCGUGUUGACAAUUCGGCGCGCACUUUUCCUUCCGCUAUGGUGGCUAGCCACUAUACUUCUGCUUUCGCACUGCCGUCGGCUCUGUCUUGGCACUGUUUCUGGCCGCGUGUGUGGGCUUUGUGCAAAAAAAAAAUGCCGUAGCGCUGUCUGCAGGCGCCGUUUUACUCACUGGCGGCACGACGUCACGAUAUGGCUAUGACGUCACCACUCCUCGCUCGGGCGCGCGAUUUGAAUUGCGUUAGAGGUACGCGGACGCUUCAGGUGCAAUUUUCUCUUAAGAUAAGUCUUUUCUUGGCACGAAACGUGUUUCGAGGUUUCUGGUACCAUAUUUUAACAGUCCAUGUUGAAAUAAUAUUUGCCUUUAGUGUCCCUUUAAUGCUCACUGACUGGUGAAGGUUGGUGCUUAUUAGGUCUCUGCAAGAUUCACAUGGUUCUGCGAGAGCUUGUUGAAACCACUUUAGCGACACUUUGUGGAAUAUGUUAAAGGAGCUCUGAAACACUUUUCUAACUAAUCAUAGGAUGGCCUCACUAUUAAAGUGCGUCCCACCAAUCUCCAAGCUGCAAAAAUUUUUCGAAUCCUUCGACUAGAAGUCGAGUUACCGCAGUGAUACCUGGCUUUCUCUCUCCUUUUGUCUCGGCUAGCGUGCUGGAAGCUACACAAUGGAGAAACCAAGAGGGCAAAGCCCCGGCCAAAAGUAGAGUGUCGCGGCGGUGAAAGUGCUCGUCACGGCACCAUGUGGCAACCGCGGUAGACUACGCUACGCAGCACGCCGCUGCCAUCUUGGAAGCCACUCGCAGCAGAUGCAGCUAUGCGCAGCGCAAAGAUGAAAUUACAUUUUUGUCUUUUUGAGAUCACAGACAUGUACAUUUUUCAUUUAUUUAACUCUAAAUUAGCAAUUAUGUAUCACUGAGAAUGUUCCCGCGAUCACGAAAUCAGCCAGUAGCGUUGGUCGGCCAACUGGUUUCGAUCAACUUUCGAUGACGACAUUGCGGAUGCAAGAGCGAGUGUCUGUUCACUGCUUUUGACACGAGAUUAUAAAUUUCCUGCUGCAUGCAGUGCAAUAAUAUUUGGCUCACAUGUUCACGGGAGCAUCAUUAACCGUUCGACAAUGUUUGUUUACUGUACUCGAAAAGUGUUUCAGGGCCCCUUUAACAUAGUGCUCAGAGAUUAGAAAAGGAAUUUAGCCAAAACCUGAAUGAUGCAUCUAUGUGAACAUAACUGCACUAAAACCAGCAGAUAAUUAGUAGGCCCAAGCCAUUCAAAAGCCAUAAACACAAGAAUGUGCAUGUUCACGCUUAGGUGCAUGUUCGCUGGAUUGCUCUAGGUCAAGCUGCAGCUCUGCAUACUGCUGGCAUUUGCCCUGUUCCGAAGGCUUCAUGUUGGACAAAAAUGGCUACAUGUGGCUGGUGUCUGAAACUACUGUUACUCUUGCCUGCAGAACAACUUUUAAAAGCGCAUAUAAAGUUGGCCUGCGGUCUUCCAUAUAGGAUUCAGGCAAACUGCCAUUGUUGGAAGCUACUGGAGUUUCUGCGUAAUGUGCAGUUGCAUCAAUCUACAUAACGUUUUACUGUGAAAGCUCAAAAUUGUGUUUGCUGUGCCUGUCCGCCCUUUUCAAUACACAGCCGGCUGUCAUGGUCAAGUCAUUGUUGCUAUGUUGUUGUUGGGCCACUUUCGAAGUGAAACUUUUUUUGCCUCUUCCUUGGGUUUUGGCGGUUGUCAUCAUUUCCUUGGCAGAUAUAUUUGUAGAUAUACAGGGUGCCCUAACUAUCAUGCAUCAAGAUUUCAAAAUAUUCAAAUGCCACAUAGCUAGACAGAAUGAAGGUAAUGUUUGCAGUCGCUUGGAGGUACUGAUAUUUUUUACAUUCUGCCUAAUUAAAUAAUUAGUCCUAAUUAAUUAAUCAACAUCUCAAAUAAUAUAAUUAGAUGAGAAGUUUCAAUGAGAAAAUUGUAGAGCAGGAUGAAAAACUCCCUGUACAGCUUUCUGUUGCUCAAAACGUGCUGCAUAAAAGUUUUUUCGAACAUGAAAGAAGCCCGCGAAUAUACGCAGAGUGGCUCGAGCGGCCAGUCAUGCGGAAAUUUUGCGUGUAUUCGCGGGCUUCUUUCAUGCUCGCAAAAGCACUUUUAUGCCGAACUUGGCGACCAUGCUUACUGGGUAUGUUCUUGCCAAGUUGACAGCUUGGGCCACUGCACAAGCGCUCUGAUAACUCCCUGCUGGCUGCUGUCUGGCCUAGUAGACGACUUGGGUUGCUGGGUACGGUGCCGCUGGGUACAUGCCCGAACAGACAACUUCAGCAAUGGGUAUGUCUCACUGGGUAUGUUCCCAUUCUUUGGCCAGCGACCCAGAAUAGAUGUGCCACUACACCACAAAUGGUAUUAAGCCAUACGCACAUUAAGAUGUGUGUCACCCUUCUCUGUGUAUGCAUUUGUCAUCAACUUUUCUUGACUGUAGCCCUCGACAUUAGUUAACUGAAAACCUCUCCACAGAGGAACUGCUGCAACAAAAUGUUCCUUGAUUACACCUACAUUCGCACUGGCCCUGCCAUACUAUUUUAACAUGGUAGACAGACCUUAAAGGAUCUGAACUUGAGCUUGUUGCAACAAGUAUGGCGUCAUUACAGGAAACAGCGCGACAAAACCUUACAAGAAAAAAAAAAGAAGACUGGACAGCUGCUGACUACCAACAUUUGCGUUUAUGUUUGCAAGCAUAAAUGGUAUGCAUAUAUAUUUGUGCUCGCAAAAAUAAACACAAAGGUAGGAAGUCGGUGCCUGUCCAGUCUUUCUCGUCAUGUUUUUUCGCGUGGUUUCCCGUAAUGUAGAAAGACCUUCGCUUGUUGGUAGAUUAGGCUAUUGUGAGAGAACAGAAACGCUAAUGAGCAGUUAUGCAGACACCUAAUAGAUGGCCGCAGUGUUGGUGCUGGGUUUCCACACAAAACACAGGAUGGUGCUCGGUGUGAGAAGGAUUGUGGUGCAGGGAGCCAUUGCCACAAAAAGUAGUGAAUAAAGAGCAGUUGAACAUGCA